AGAGGCUCUUUUCAUCUCUGUCUAUGAAUGACGUCACGACUGGUAGUUGCAUAUGGAUGCACCUACAAAUCUAUGUAUUUUAAUAACUUUUAAACCUGUGGCUUCCUGUAUCACGAUUCAUCAGCAUCUCGUGCACCGAUUCAAAAAAGAAAUCCUAGAAAUUGCCUGUUUAAAAGUGGGCACGAAGUCGAAGCAGGUAGAGGACAGUUUUCGUCAGUACGUGCGGCCAAAAUAUUGUGGACGACUGAAUGGCGUGACUAUGAAUAUCACCGGCGUGCGGCAGGAGAUGGUUUCCUCUGCACCCAGAUUUAGGGUAGCUUGGAUGAAAUUUAUGAACUGGUAUUCGGCAGCUAAAGGGAAUCAUUCAGUUGCUUUUUUGACGGUUGAUAGCUUUCCCAUUAAUAUGCAUCUCCGGUGUCAAACACUACUCUCCAAAAUGAGACCUAGCGACGAUUUCAAUCAAUGGAUCGUCCUUAAGAAGGUUUACUACAAAGCUUACGACUUUUUCCCGCGCAAUCUGCAGUUUAUGAUGAAAGAAUUGAAGUUGCCCUAUCAGGGUAAAGUAGAGAACGCCUAUGAUGACGUCACCAAUGCGGCAUUGGUGACUCAAAGAAUGCUGAGGGAAAAUAUCAAAUUCGAAAUCAAUAAUCACGUAAAGAUAGACCUCGGACCUUGGCCUGCCGUGAGACCAGAUCGAAAACCAUACAUUCCCCCGGGAACACUGCCACCGGGUUCAUAAUGAUUGUGAAUUUCGACUAGAAUUAGUGAAGUGGAUAAAUUGCGGAAAAUUACGGAGCGUUUUUUUCCUCCGUCCUUUUCUCUUUCUUCUUCAUUUUUUCAGAUGUCUUAACUGGAAUCUGCUGGUUGGCUUAAAAACCUAAAUUAACUACACCAAAUCCAGUCAAACAUUUACUAUUGAAAUGUUUUUAGAAGAUUUUAGAAACCGAUUAAAAAAAGGAAACAAAUCUUACUGAGAA